UCUCGACGGUCACACUUGCAAAUAAAAAAAAACAAGACGUCGUCAUUCGCGUUGGAAUUCCACAAAAAUAGUUAAGUUUUCGUUUUGUUUAACACCUGUCGAACCUGCCAGCCAGAUAGCCAGCGACAGAUUGCCUGGAUUGCGGAGCAAGUUAGCCAGCAUAAAUCAAAAUGGCAGCCGGAACCACUCUACAGAAGGCCAUUGAUCUGGUGACCAAGGCCACCGAAGAGGAUCGCAACAAGAACUAUGCCGAGGCACUGCGCCUGUACGAGCACGGCGUGGAGUACUUCUUGCACACCAUCAAAUAUGAGGCGCAGGGUGAGAAAGCCAAGGAUUCGAUACGCGCCAAGUGCCUGCAGUAUCUGGAUCGGGCCGAGAAGCUUAAGGAGUACUUGAAGAAGGGCAAGAAGAAACCGAUUAAGGAGGGCGGCGAGUCCAGUGCCAAGGAUGAUAAGGACAAGAAGAGUGACAGUGAUGACGAGGACGGUGAUGAUCCCGAGAAGAAGAAGCUGCAGAGCAAGCUGGAGGGCGCCAUUGUCAUAGAGAAACCGGAGGUCAAGUGGUCCGAUGUCGCCGGCCUGGAUGCCGCUAAGGAAGCACUUAAGGAGGCCGUCAUUCUGCCGAUCAAAUUCCCGCAGCUCUUCACCGGCAAGCGUAUACCGUGGAAGGGUAUCCUGCUCUUCGGACCACCCGGUACGGGUAAAUCCUAUCUGGCCAAGGCCGUGGCCACCGAGGCCAACCGUUCCACAUUCUUCUCGGUAUCCAGCUCGGAUUUAAUGUCCAAGUGGCUGGGCGAGUCCGAGAAGCUGGUCAAGAAUCUCUUCGAGCUGGCCCGCCAGCACAAGCCCUCGAUCAUCUUCAUCGACGAAAUCGAUUCGAUGUGCUCGGCGAGAUCGGACAAUGAGAACGACAGUGUGCGUCGCAUCAAGACCGAGUUCCUGGUACAGAUGCAGGGCGUGGGCAACGAUACCGAUGGCAUUCUCGUGCUGGGCGCCACCAAUAUACCCUGGGUCCUGGACUCGGCCAUCCGGCGACGUUUCGAGAAGCGCAUCUACAUUCCCCUGCCGGAGGCACAUGCCCGCCUCGUCAUGUUCAAGAUCCAUUUGGGAAACACCACGCACGUGCUGACCGAGCAGGAUCUCAAGGAGCUAGCUGGCAAGACCGAAGGGUACUCUGGCGCGGAUAUAUCGAUCGUGGUGCGUGAUGCUCUGAUGGAACCAGUGCGUAAAGUCCAAACGGCCACACAUUUCAAGAGGGUAACUGGCCCGAGUCCCACCAACAAGGAUGAGAUUGUCAACGACCUGCUGGUUCCCUGCUCGCCCGGUGACGAGGGCGCCGUUGAAAUGAACUGGAUGGAUGUGCCCAGCGACAAGCUCUUCGAACCGCCCGUGACCAUGCGCGACAUGUUAAAGUCCUUGUCGCGUACGAAACCCACUGUGAACGAUGACGAUUUGAAGAAGCUGCGCAAAUUCACAGAGGAUUUUGGCCAGGAGGGCUAGACGCACUCGAGAGAGGGCUUAAGAGAUCACCGCCGCCAGAAGUGGCGUCAGCACCACCAGCUCUAAUUGUAAUUGUUGCCUAUUGCAUAAAUUCAAAAAACACGUUUUACUUCUGGCUCUCCUUAAAAUAUUUCCCGUUUCCUUUACUAUUUUUUUUCUUGUGAUUUUUAAUUUUUAUUUUAUAUAUACGAUAUGUAUGCGCGUGCGAAA